UUGGUCCCGCUCGCUCGCCGUAGAAGAACGGAUUGUCAUGGUAACAGUUGCUCGCUUACUGCAGCGCAGCUACCUCUUUAAAACAGCGUAAAAUUUAGCGUUUCUUUUCAUUUUCUUCUCAUUUUAAUGGCUGUCAUUGUUUUAUUGUCAUAUAUUAAAGAAUUACUUAAAGUUGCUAAUGUUUGAAAGACGACGUCCUUUUCGGCGUUGUUAGCAAACUGUCCAGCGUAAUGGAUCAGUACAGCAUCCUCGGCAGGAUUGGGGAAGGAGCUCAUGGCAUUGUUUUCAAAGCCAGACACAUCGAAACAGGAGAGACCGUGGCUUUAAAAAAAGUGGCCUUGCGAAGACUUGAAGAUGGAAUUCCUAACCAGGCUCUCAGAGAAAUCAAAGCCCUGCAGGAGAUUGAAGAUAACCAAUAUGUGGUGAAACUUAAAGACGUCUUCCCCCACGGCACCGGCUUUGUGCUUGUGUUUGAGUACAUGUUGUCAGAUCUCUCAGAAGUCAUAAGAAAUUCUCAACGUCCUCUUACCGCGUCUCAGGUCAAAGGAUACAUGCUGAUGCUGCUAAAGGGAGUGGCCUUCUGCCACGAGAACUCCAUCAUGCACCGGGACCUAAAGCCCGCAAACCUUUUAAUCAGCUCGACCGGUCAUCUGAAGAUUGCUGAUUUUGGCCUGGCGAGACUUUUCUCCAAUGAAGGGGAUCGUCUGUAUAGUCAUCAAGUGGCAACCAGAUGGUACAGAGCUCCAGAACUUCUGUAUGGUGCUCGGAAAUAUGACGAAGGAGUUGAUCUCUGGGCAGUGGGCUGCAUUUUCGGGGAGCUGUUGAACAAUUCUCCUCUGUUCCCUGGAGAGAAUGACAUUGAGCAGCUGUGCUGUGUGCUCCGAGUGCUGGGAACUCCUAAUCAGAAAGUUUGGCCAGAAAUAACAGAACUGCCAGACUACAAUAAGAUCACGUUUAAAGAAAACCCACCCAUUCCUUUGGAGGAGGUCGUGCCUGAUUCUUCACCUCAGGCUUUGGACCUACUAAAGAAGUUUCUUGUCUAUCCAUCCAAACAGCGGAUCAGCGCCAGACAGGCUUUGCUCCAUCCGUAUUUCUUCACAGACCCUCUCCCGGCUCAUCACUCAGAGCUGCCCAUCCCUCAACGCGGAGGAAAACCCUCCGGACAGCGCAUGCAACCCCCCAAUGAGUUCACUGUGGAUCGACCCUUGCAUGAGAGCUUGGUGGACCCUGCGCUGAUCCAAGGGCAUGUGUGGGGUUGUUUCUGAUUGCACACAUGUACAAUUUUGUGUACUUUUUGUUUACUUCACAAAAAAGCAAAAACACCUAAAAUGAUACUUUAUAGUUAACUAUAUGCAUUAUACUGUUUGUGAACUACGCACUUCAUUAUUUUAGUUAUUUAUUUCGACACAGUUACACAUGUUAGGUUCAAAGGAAUUGCCUAUUUGACUUGAUAGUAUCUAAAGCAGUUUGACCCUUCAGUGAAACAAUUUGUUCUUUCUGUAGAACAAGCUUUAACCUCAUCGGGUUAUGGGAGCUUGUUUUAACUUAUCAGGUUGUAUUCAGUUAGCAGAGUGGGGUCAUACAACUUUGUGCCAACAUGGUGUAAAACUAUCUACUUUGUUUAACACAAAAUUUUGGCAGAUAUUUCAAAUGAAAGAGAAUAUCAUUUUACAGUUACAGAUGAUAAGGAUUUUCUCUGGAAAAUAACUUCCUCCAUUCCUUUCUGAAAUGCAAAGACAACUUUUGGGAAGUCAUUCGUGUGUAACAAAUGACUUUGACGGCCGUGCUGUGUGUUGAUGUGCUCAGACUGUACAUCUUUAUGAUGACUGCUGCGUUUGUCUCUAUUUGCAUCGCUGCAAUCGGCUCAACUGUCCUCUUGUGUUACAUAUUAAACUGCGCUUUGCAUUUUU